AUGACUCCACCGGAUCCGUAUCUCUAUACACCUCCGGUAAACUCUGCAGCCCAACAACAACAUCAGCACCAGCAACAGCACCAGCAACAACAGUUACCUUCAUACCCACCUCCAUCACAUCCCCAGAAUUUGGGUCCAGUAUCUUCUCAAUAUAUUAGUACUCAACCUUUGCAGCAGCAACAGCAACAGCAACAACAGUAUCAAUAUAGACAACAGCAGCAGCAGCAGCAGCAGCAGCAGCAGCAACAACAACAACAACAACAGCAGUAUUACACCACUCAAGCAGCUUUAACAGGAUCAGCAACAGGAUCGCACACAGGAUUACCGCAUUUACCACCACUAACCUUCCCUCAACAACAUGUAGAAUAUACGGCAGUUACAACAACGAAUACGCAACAGGCUUCUGCAACAUCUCCAGUCUAUCAACAACAACAACAACAGCAUCCCACUCAAAACCUGGCACCACUCGGACCACCCCAACAGCACAGGUACGCGCCAAAUACAAAUGCUUCAUCUGUGGGCUCCAUCUCAUCAACAGCCGCAGAUACACCUCCUCCUCUUCCUCUUCCUCUUCCUUCUUCUUCUUCUUCAAGUGGCUCAGUCGGGGCCACAAACGUUCUCCAGCCACACAAAUAUUCCAAACAACAAGCCACAACAUCCACUCAACCCCAAAGCAUGCUAUCGCCACCUCCAUCCUCUGCUGGCAUGUCUGUAUCUCCCACAGGCUCGGCAGGCAACUUGUCUGCGGGCCAUACGCCUGACAGAGGAGGAAGCCGUACAAGGACUAAGCGUGGGCGUGAGAUAGCUACAAGCGCUGGAAGCGCUGGAAGCACUGGAAGCGGGACAUACUCGGAUGACGGCGAGCAAACAAUCAAAACUGAAGAGGUAGGUACAACUAGUGGUGUUGCUAGUGGUCCUGUAAAAGGACGCCGCGGGCGACGGCCACGGUCCAAAAGUGAGAACCAUACCGGGGUUGCCGAAUCGGUGGUAGUAGCCAAACCUGCAGCCCAUAAAAAACGUCGGUCAUUGUCGUGCCUAACAUGUCGUAAACUCAAGACAAGGUGCGAUUAUGAUGCAACGCAGCGUAAAUGCCAUCGGUGCUUUGUUUUGCGUCUCGAGUGCUCGCUGUCGCAGGCCGCAGCCGAGGGCUCAUUGUCGGUAGAACAUUACACCAAAAAGGUGGGCGUGGGAAAUGAGCAGGUAACAAAAACAAGUGCUGGGGGAGCCGGAAGCGGGAGCGGAAAUCCACGAGUAGGAGACGAAGACUUGCGAGUGGAUGCUAGGCUAGGCGUGGUAGAGAGCAUGAUGGGGCAGCUGGCGGGCCAGAUGUCUGAAAUCAAAAGCAUGCUGCAGAGUGUUAUUUCUGGACCGUCCUCGGCAGGACCCGUGGAUGUUGUUGCAGCAAGAUUAGACCAUUAUGCUGCCGGCGCGCCCUUACAAGUGAUUCGCAAGAUUGAUUACAAGCUUUUUUCUCGACUCGACUUUUAUGACGUGUUGCGCGGAGACGCUCGGGAAUUAGAGGCUUGGCUUCAAUCGACUGGGUCUAGCGGUGAGUGGGAACGAUUAGCAAAUACCUUUAUUGAGAAAUGUGCACCAUAUACAUUGCGUAACCACGUUCCACCGCUAGACUUUGGGCACAAGAAUGAACUGUUGUCGGCAGCUUCUGCGGCACCUACAAUUUUAUUGUACGCUACCAUGGUACUCCAGGGGAUGCGCGUGGACGGAUAUAGUACCCAUGACUCUGCACAGCCGGCGCUAUUUGGACUUGUGCGGGGACUUGUGGGUGCUGCGCUGGUUACAUCGCCGUUACGUUCCCAGGAUCUUGAAGCGUUGUUAUAUAUGGCACAGUUUAACGCAGCCCGCAAACCCAAACAACCCAUCAUGGACUCAUGGUUACUCUCUGGGUAUGCCGUUGCACAAGCCGUGCAGAGCCUGGACUUUGCCGAGCUUGCGCGUGGGGUCUCUGGGUCGGAUGAGGACGAGAAUGAGGAUGGGGAAGAGGAAGAAGAGGUAGAGGAGGAGGGGAGUGUGCGUGCAGAAGCUGGACGAACAGCACGAGUGAUUGCAUACUUGUGUCUAACAAACCUGCAAUAUGCAGUCUCGACACACCGUCCAUUCAAUGUUCCGCCAGCGUACUUGGACAUGGUUUGCGGCGGGGUGGCCCAAGAGAACCCUGCACAUGCUGUGGGAGUAUUUCUAUUACGCGAAGAGCCUCUAUGUGUGGCAGAGUUAGGGUUAUACCGUGCAUUACGGAGCGAGACGUUGGACGAGUGGUAUGUACAGCAUCGAAAUAAGCUUUGUGAGGAAAAGAAAAUGAAAAUGCCUGUGGUUGUUCGUAGACAUGACCUGACGCUGGCGUACUGGUACUGUCGGAUUAUUGCUGUGCGUAAGCAGUUACAAGAUGAUGCUGAAAGAAUUGGGAAGCAACAGCAGCAACAGCAACAACAACAGCAACAGCAACAGCAACAGCAGCAAGCCCUGAGGCGACAAAAGGAGCUGGAAGAAACUGCGGUGGGCCAUGCGAUGACGAUUCUGCGGACGUUUUUAGGGAUUGCACGAGAACAAGUUGUGGCCAUGCCCAACUACCCGUUGUGUAUUUUGUUAUAUGCAGUGAUGACAGUGUGCGAUUUUGCAGGACCCGAUUUGGUUGCAGCCUCAUUUCAAGUGGGAGGUCCGUCCCAGCAGCAGCAGUUUCAGCAGCAUCAGCAUCAGCAUCAGAGUACGGGUUCAGCUGCGUUUGCACUUGUAGUGGAAAUGUACUGGUACGUUUAUCAUUUGGGACUAAAACAACGGGAUAUUAUCAAUUCAAUUGCAAGAAUUAUGAAGACACUGGUACACAAUGCAACUAAUAAGGCAAUUGAUUUGAAUUCAUCACAGUCACGAACAGGGUCUGAAGACGGAUCAGUGGCUGUAGAGACGUGUGGAGAUCAUAAUGUGGAUGCUGGUGGAGUGAUUGUAACUACAGAGGCUCAACAAGUGCAACAACAGCAAUUGCAACAACAGUCAUAUCAGCAACAGCAACAGCAGCAGCAGAUGUCGGUCAAUGGGACAACUGUGGGAACAAAUGACCCUGGAGGCGGGAUCUAUGGGUACGCCCCACCACCGGAUGAUUUUGAGCUGCCAGACAUUGCGCAGUAUGCGACUUUGGACGAUUUCUUUGAAGGCAUGUUUACCUAUGUUGCCAGCUGUCAAAACAUGAUUUCAACAUGA